CGUGCCUGCAAAAAACGCGAAUCUCCCUCUCUCUCUCUCUCUCUCUCUCUCUCUCUCUCUGCGCUUUGAAAGCGAAAUCGAACUGCACAAAAAAAAAAAAAGAAAAUCGUGAAAACGAAUCCCCAACAGCACGAACCUGAAUAACUGAAACCCUAACCCUAGCCGUGAUUUUUUAUCCUCUUUCUUUCCUUCCAUCUUCGUGCACGCGAACGCUGAAACGCCACUGAAGAGUUAGAUUAGGGUUUGCGUUAGGUUUACGUUUGGAAAAUUAGGGUUUUGCUCCGCCGAGGGAUUAAUUAGGGUUAGGGUUUGGGUUAUGGAAUACGAAGGUGGUGGCGGUGCUUUAAGUGGUGCCGGUGGCUGGUCUCUGAGAUGACCGGUGGCCGAUGCCCCCGGCGGAAGAAGAUGAUGGGUAGGGGUCCCGACGGAGGUUGCGGCACUGAAGAAAGGCCUUGCCGCCUGAUUUCUAGGGUUCUGGCGACCCAACAAGUAUCUCCAACAACAAAAAAGAAGCCGUCUUCAUGUGACGUUGAUUUCUUCUCGCAGGCUCGUAAAGUUCUAAGCGAACGCUCCCCAUUCGAUGUCCCUGAGGACGGGUCGGGGUCCAACAUUUCGGUUGGUAGUUCAAGCGUUUCUACUUUGCCUUGUGGAUUGGCCAGUUUGCUGAAGCAUUCUGAUACCAGGAAGAGGCAUAAGAAGUCACAUUCUAGAGCAGAUAAAAAGUCUUCGCGGGGAAGUGAGCGGUCCAAGGGAGGGAAUAUUUGGGUUGAAACUGAGGAGUACUUUAGGGACUUGGCACUGCUGGAUAUUGAUGCUUUGUUCGACAUAUCUUCUUCAAUUAGGUCUUUAGCUGCUAGUAAGUGUUUUUUGAUUCCGUGCAUUGGAAAUGAGAAACAUGUGCCAGUGGUUGAUACAGAGAACUUGGAUAAGAAUGUGAUUGUGAAUUGUGGGAACGGAAGUGCACAUGCAAAUGAGGUCGUGGAUAACAAUGUGACUGUGAAUUAUGCGAACGAAAGUUCACAUUUAAAUGAGGUUUUGGUAAAAGACGAGGUGAAGCAAGAGGACGAGCAGUUCAUGGAAAUUGACAGUGUACGAGCUCAAAGUGACAGAGUCGAGUGUUUGUCUCAGGAGGAAGGAAAAGCUUGCUCCAUUUCAGAUAUCUCCAGCGGCUUAGAGUGGCUUUUAAGUUGUAGGAGUAGGAUUAUGUUGACCUCGGAGCGGCCAUCCAAGAAGCGGAAGCUUUUAGGUACGGAUGCUGGGUUAGAGAAAAUUUUGAUUGCUUCUCCUUGUGAAGGGAACUUAUCAUCGUGUGAUUUUUGCUGCAAGGGUGAGAUGGGUAAUGAAUCAAACCGAUUGAUUGUUUGCUCUUCUUGUAAGGUCUCCGUUCAUCUCAACUGUUAUGGCAUACAAGGGGAUGUAGAUGAGUCUUGGCUAUGUUCUUGGUGUAAGCACAAGACUGUUGAUGAGGAUUCAGUGAAGCACCCUUGUGUGCUUUGCCCAAAACAGUGUGGUGCUUUGAAACCUGUUGGUGUGGAAAGUAGUGGGUCUAUUGUUGAGUUUGCACACUUGUUUUGUUCUCUGUGGAUGCCUGAGGUAUAUGUAGAGGACUUAUUGAAGAUGGAACCUAUUAUGAAUGUGCAAGAAAUAAAGGAAACACGGAGGAAAUUAGUGUGCAAUGUAUGCAAGGUGAAGUGUGGUGCUUGUGUUCGUUGCAGUCAUGGAACGUGUAGAACUGCAUUUCAUCCUAUAUGUGCAAGGGAGGCGAGACAAAGAAUGGAGGUUUGGGGAAAAUAUGGAUCUGAGAAUGUUGAGUUAAGGGCCUUUUGUUCAAAGCACUCAGAAUUCCAUGAUGGUAGAGGGAACCCUCAAUUAGGAGAUCCUAUUAUAGCUAUGAGAAGUGAUUCAUCCACUGCCAACUGUGUUCCAUCUAAACAGUUGACAGACAAACAACACAAGUUAAAGAUUGGCCAUAAUGUAGAAGCACCUGAUUCGAUUUCUGAUAAAUCUGCCGAUAGUGAAUCACAAGAAAUUGAGUUAUCCGAUUCCAGGUUAAAUGAUGUGGUUAUAUCAGAAUGUGCCGAUGGGGAUCAGAUUUUUAACAUGGGUAUGUCUGAGAGAAGUGACAAUGAGGACGCUAAACUUUCUGAUUCGCUAAAUCUUGCUCGGAUUUUGAAAAAGUUAAUUGAUAGAGGAAAGGUCAACACGAAAGAUGUAGCAUUGGAGAUUGGCAUCUCACCAGACUCCUUACUUUCAACACUUGCGGAAGACAAUUUGGUGCCUGACUUGCAAUGUAAAAUAGUAAAAUGGCUUAGAAAUCAUGCUCAUAUGGGUACUUUGCAUAAAAAUUUGAAAGUUAAACUAAAAUCCACAAUUUUACCAAUGGCUGAGAUAGCAUCAGCUGAUCGUUCUGAUGGUGUAACAGUAUUGGAGUCUGAUAUCACUGAUCCUGUUGCUGUUAAGUCAGUUCCUCCACGGAGAAGAACGAAGAGUAACAUUAGAAUUUUGAGGGAUAACAAAAUAAUUUGUUCAUCUGAGGAAUUUUCAAGUGACAGUGUGAUGUUGAUGGAUGAGGUUAAAGUAGAUCAACUAGCCAAUGGAGAACCAGCAAAUUUGAGUGAAGUAUCUAUCCCUGUUGAAAAGAAAUCAAUCAACCUUGAUGGGUUUCGAAAGUCUUUGGCAGCACAUUUUUCGAAACCUGGAGGUUGCACUCCUUUUGCAAAGGUUGAAUCAGAGCAUGCUACUGUUCCGCAGGAGGGUGAUUCAAGUAAAGCAGAUCAUGCAAAUCCUGUUCGUUCAGAUAUGAAUCCCGUCUUGCCUGAUCUCAUAAAAAAUGAAGAAUUUUCACAUUCGUAUGUGCACCCAUAUAUUCAUAAGAAACUGUUGCAGAUGCAGAAUGUGCAGCUCGUAGAAGACGAUGUUUGUGGGAUGGAAGGUUUGAGGGUGGGAGAAACCUGUAGUCUGGAGGCUUCAUGCAAUGCCAGUGUCUGCUGUGAUCACCAGAAUAUGCAUUCAAUGUGCAAUGACCUGUACAAAUCUGUUGAAGUAAAUCCAGAUCAGCUGGUUAAGGAUGAGAAAGUGGGAGUUUUUGAGCUGUCUCCAGCAGAUGAAGUGGAAGGCGAAAUUAUUUAUUUUCAGCAUAGAUUACUUGACAAUGCAGUUGCAAGAAAAUGCUAUACUGAUAAUUUAAUUUGUAAGGUUGCUAAGAGUAUGCCACAGGAGAUUGACAUAGCCAGGGCCCAAAGAUGGGAUGCAGUGCUUGUCAACCAGUAUCUUGUUGAGCUUAGAGAAGCAAAGAAGCAGGGCAGGAAAGAAAGAAAGCAUAAAGAAGCCCAGGCUGUGCUAGCAGCUGCAACUGCAGCUGCUGCCUCCUCUUCUAGGGUUUCAUCAUUUAGGAAAGACACGUACGAUGACCCUAAUCAUCAGGAGAAAUUUGAUGUUUCUAAUGGGAGGGCUGGCCUUUCUUCUCAGCUGAUGCCACGUCCAAAAGAGACACUUUCAAGGGUGGCUGUUCCAAGGAAUUCAUCAGAAAAGUACUCUGAUUUUGUUCAGUCAGUUCCUGAUUUUUCUAAAGAGCAUCCUAGAUCAUGUGAUAUUUGCAGACGAUCUGAGACAAUUCUGAACCCCAUCUUAGUCUGUUCCAGUUGCAAGGUUGCAGUGCACUUGGAUUGCUAUCGUAGUGUCAAAGAAUCUACAGGUCCAUGGUACUGUGAAUUAUGUGAGGAAUUAUUGUCAUCUAAGUGCUCUGCAGCUGCUUCCCUCAAUUUUUGGGAGAAGCCCUAUUUUGUUGCCGAGUGUAGUUUAUGUGGUGGCACUACGGGUGCUUUUAGGAAAUCUACCGAUGGUCAGUGGGUCCAUGCCUUCUGUGCGGAGUGGGUGUUUGAACCAACGUUCCGGAGGGGACAAGUGAAUCCCAUCGAAGGAAUGGAGACAGUUGCUAAGGGAAUUGAUAUUUGCUGUAUAUGCCGACGCAAACAUGGUGUCUGCAUAAAGUGUAGCUAUGGUCACUGCCAAGCCACAUUUCAUCCCUCCUGCGCUAGAAGUACUGGUUUUUACAUGAAUGUAAAGUCUCUUAAUGGCAAAUUGCAUCACAAGGCAUAUUGUGAAAGGCAUGGCUUGGAACAGAGGGCAAAGGCUGAAUCUCAAAAACAUGGAGUCGAGGAGCUUAAGAGCAUGAAGCAAAUCAGGGUUGAACUGGAGAGGUUACGUCUUCUUUGCGAGAGAAUUAUUAAACGUGAAAAAAUAAAGCGGGAUUUGGUUCUUUGCUCACACAGCAUACUUGCUUGCAAAAGAGACAAUGUUGCUCGUUCUGUGCUUGUUCAUAGUUCUUUUUUUCCUCCGGAUGUUAGUUCAGAAUCAGCUACAACAUCCUUGAAAGGCAAUGCGGAUGGGUAUAAAUCAUGCAGUGAUGCAAUCCAAAGAUCAGAUGAUGUAACAGUGGACAGCACCAUUUCUACCAAGUAUCAAAUUAAAGUUGUCAUGGAUGCAGAUCAAAAGACAGAUGACAGCUCCACAUCCCAAAGCCAUUUUACCCGAAAACCUAUGGAGAGGAUGUCAUUUGCCGGGAAGCAAAUCCCUCAUGGAGCUUCCCUUGCAUCUUGUAAUCCGUUGGAGGAGGGAGAAUGGAGCUCAAAAUCAAGAAAGCGUUUUGAGACCUUUGAGAAAGAGCUGGUGAUGACAUCAGAUCAAGCAUCUAUGAAGAAUCAGCAGUUACCUAAAGGAUAUUUUUAUAUUCCUGUUGAUUGCCUUCCAAAGGAGAAGCAGAUCAACCAGGGUGGAAAUUCUGGUGGACCAUUAGAACAGCACAGGUAGAUGACGGAGACAAAUAUUGGGUUCCUGAUUUGAGCACAGGGUAUCGGCAGCCAUCUGUCGAGGACAACUGCCUUCUGCCAAGGAGCUAGGCUAUUUAUCUGUUAUUGGAUUUAUGGAGGGAGAAUGGCAGAAUGGCGCUCUGAGAUGGUGUAUCCCCUUGAAUAGAAUUAAGGUCCAGGACAGAGCAAGGGAGUUUUAGCAUCAUUGUUGUAUAUUCAUUGUGAGAGUAAUUGUACAGUGAGGGUUUGUUCAAUUACAUGUAAUGCGGGCGGCUCGAAUUCAAGUAUAUUGAUGCUUGUCUCUUGUGGUUGGGAAGCUCUGCUGCUUGUAUGUUUAUGCAAGAAAUUAAAAGGUGUCACCUACUGUGCUUGCGCUGUAAAGUUGAUGUAAAUAUUUCUACAGUAUCAAUCUCAAAGAAAUUGCGCUCAACUUCAGAUUGAUGAAGCGUCCAACUUGCCCUCCGAAUGCAGCCACAUUAUUUUAUUUUUUCUUGUGGUUGUUUUCCUUGAGAUUUUUCAAUUAACCGACCAUGUAUUAUUUAGUUGCAAAAGAAAACCUAUUAUUUGUUGUUUGUAUAUUUGAUGAACGGGAUAAAAUUUCUCGUACUUGAGGGGAUUUGAGACGAGUAGAGAAACAAAUUGAACAAGAACUGAAGUAAAUAGAUCAUUUAUCCGAUUUUAUCAGCAAAA